UUCUGGGUCGCGGUGGGAGAAGCGCGGAGUCGGUGUGUGUGAGCUUGAGAGCCGUGCUGUAGCGCGACCCGGCGAGGGAUGGCGGCCACCGGGACCGCGGCCGCCGCAGCCGCGAGCUCUUGCAGCCAAUGCUGGAACAGGAUUUGCUGUUGCUGAGCCUCAAAUUGCAAUGUUUUGUGGGAAGUUAAAUAUGCAUGUGAACAUUCAGACUGGGAAAUGGGAACCUGAUCCAACAGGCACCAAGAGCUGCAUUAGAACAAAAGAAGAAGUUCUUCAGUACUGUCAGGAGAUGUAUCCAGAGCUACAGAUCACAAAUGUGAUGGAAGCAAACCAGCCAGUCAGUAUUGACAACUGGUGCCGGAAGGACAAAAAGCAAUGCAGGAGUCACAUUGUUACACCUUUCAAGUGUCUUGUGGGUGAAUUUGUAAGUGAUGUUCUGCUGGUUCCAGAAAAGUGCCAGUUCUUCCACAAAGAGAGGAUGGAGGUAUGCGAGAACCACCAACACUGGCACACUGUAGUCAAAGAGGCAUGUCUGACUCAGGGAAUGACUUUAUAUAGCUACGGCAUGCUGCUACCCUGUGGAGUAGACCAGUUCCAUGGCACUGAAUAUGUGUGCUGCCCUCAAACAAAGAUUAUUGAAUCUGUGUCAAAAGAGGAGGAGGAGGAGGAAGAAGAAGAAGAAGAGGAGGACGAAGAAGAAGAUUAUGAUAUUUAUAAAAGUGAAUUUCCUACCGAAGCAGAUCUGGAAGACUUCACAGAAGCAGCUGUGGAUGAGGAUGACGAAGAUGAGGAAGAAGGGGAGGAAGUGGUAGAAGACCGUGAUUACUAUUACGACACUUUUAAAGGAGAUGACUACAAUGAAGAAAACCCAACUGAACCCAGCAGCGAUGGCACUAUUUCAGACAAGGAAAUUACUCAUGAUGUCAAAGCUGUCUGCUCCCAGGAGGCGAUGACGGGGCCCUGCCGGGCCGUGAUGCCUCGUUGGUACUUCGACCUCUCCAAGGGAAAGUGCGUGCGCUUUAUAUAUGGCGGCUGCGGCGGCAACAGGAACAAUUUUGAGUCUGAGGAUUAUUGUAUGGCUGUGUGUAAAGCGAUGAUUCCCCCAACUCCUCUGCCAACCAAUGAUGUUGAUGUGUAUUUCGAGACCUCUGCAGAUGAUAAUGAGCAUGCUCGCUUCCAGAAGGCUAAGGAGCAGCUGGAAAUUCGGCACCGCAAUCGAAUGGACAGGGUAAAGAAGGAAUGGGAAGAGGCAGAGCUUCAGGCUAAGAACCUCCCCAAAGCAGAGAGGCAGACUCUUAUUCAGCACUUCCAAGCUAUGGUUAAAGCUUUAGAGAAGGAAGCAGCCAGCGAGAAGCAGCAGCUGGUAGAAACCCACCUAGCUCGAGUAGAAGCUAUGCUGAAUGAUCGCCGUCGGAUGGCGCUGGAGAAUUACCUGGCUGCCCUGCAGUCUGAUCCUCCGCGGCCUCAUCGGAUCCUCCAGGCCUUGCGGCGUUAUGUCCGCGCUGAGAACAAAGAUCGCCUGCACACUAUCCGUCAUUACCAGCACGUGUUAGCUGUUGACCCAGAAAAGGCGGCCCAGAUGAAGUCCCAGGUAAUGACACAUCUCCAUGUGAUUGAAGAAAGAAGGAACCAAAGCCUCUCUCUGCUCUACAAAGUACCUUAUGUAGCCCAAGAAAUUCAAGAGGAAAUUGAUGAGCUGCUUCAGGAACAGCGUGCAGAUAUGGACCAGUUCACUGCCACCAUCUCGGAGACACCUGUAGAUGUCCGGGUGAGCUCUGAGGAGAGUGAGGAGAUCCCGCCGUUUCACCCCUUCCACCCCUUCCCGGCCGUAACUGAGAACGAAGACACUCAGCCGGAGUUGUACCACCCAGUGAAAAAAGGAUCUGGAGUGGGAGAGCAGGAUGGGGGACUGAUCGGUGCUGAAGAAAAAGUGAUUAACAGUAAGAAUAAAGUGGAUGAAAAUAUGGUCAUUGACGAGACCCUGGAUGUUAAGGAAAUGAUCUUCAAUGCCGAGAGAGUUGGAGGCCUUGAGGAAGAGCCGGAAUCUGUGGGGCCACUACGGGAAGACUUCAGUCUGAGUAGCAGUGCCCUCAUUGGCCUGCUGGUCAUUGCAGUAGCCAUUGCCACAGUCAUCGUCAUCAGCCUGGUGAUGCUGAGGAAGAGGCAGUAUGGCACCAUCAGCCAUGGGAUUGUGGAGGUAGACCCAAUGCUCACUCCAGAAGAGCGUCACCUGAACAAGAUGCAGAACCAUGGCUAUGAAAACCCCACCUACAAAUACCUGGAGCAGAUGCAGAUUUAAGUGGCAGGGAGUGUGUGGCCCCCCUCCCCGGUUGAAUGGGGUGGUGCAGGUGGGCCGGAAAAGGCCCAGCGAUUUGGAUCAACUGCUGACCGGCAGCUGUCGCCAGAGGGCUUCAUCUUACAUCCUGACCUCCUGGACCGUUAAGACUAUAAAGUACUACUGUAGAAUUGCAAUUUCCAUUCUUUUAAAUGGGUGAAAAAUGUUAAUAUAACAAUAUAUGAUAUAUAAACCUUAAAUGAAGAAAUGAUCUAUUGCAGAUAUUUGACUGAUGUAGUUUUCUUUUUUAAAUUAAUCAGAAAUCCCACUUCUAUUGUAUUGUCUGACACAUGCUCUAUAUAAAUGGAAAAUGUUGAUUUUCAGUGAUAGACUUAAAUGCAGGUUGUUUGUUCCAAUUAUGUUGUGUAAGUCAGCUCUUUAGGCUCAUUCACUGUCCCGGCCUUUAUUUAAAAAAAGAAGAAGAAAGAAGGCAGUAUUCCCUUUUGAAAUGAGUGCUUUCAAGAAGUCACUGAGAAACUAGGUGGAAGAGGGAGCUGAAACUGACCCCUGAAGCACAUGAUGAUACCCUCUCAAAGUAAUUUUAAAGGACCAGUUCCGGAAGUCCGGUGUUUCCAUGGCUGGGUACCUUGGUGUUUCCAUACAAGUUUCUUCACCAAGGUAGUUAAAGGCAUUUCAUUCCUGUGUCCUUUAGUGAGCCUGAUGUAGACAGAGGAGGGGCUCCGCUGCUGCUUUUCUUCAGAAUCCAGUUCUUCCACAGAGAUUAGCCUGUAGUGUGUAUAUGACGUCCUUCCACUCUGUCGUUGACUUACCAUAGCUCUUUGAUCACGUCCCCUUCUAAGUGUGUCCAGAUGGGUGGUCUCUUCCUCCUGGACGUCUCCCUCCCAAGGCACUGGCCUCCCCUCUGCACCUGCACGUCCACCCUGCCCCUAUCACCAGCCUUUUUGGCAUUUACUCAGAGAAGACCGUGCUAAGGAGGUGGCUGAUGGCCCAGAAGAGAAGAUGGGAGGCUUGUUUUUCUGUGAAAGGAGAGUAUUCCAGAUUGUACAUGAAACUGGGUCUGUAAACACUGUGGAAAGCUUUGAGGAUUUUUGUUUCCUUCACAUGCGUCUUUGUAAUGCUUGUACAGUUGAUGUUAUGCUCAUAGCUUUUUCUUUUGUUUCCCUUUUUUUUUUUAAUCUGAAGGUUCUGGUAACCUGUGGUGUACUUUUUUCUCUUUUUUCUGUGACUGUUUUUUUUCCUUCUUCUUCCUGCCCUUUGACCACAUCCAUGUGUCUUCCCACUAUGCACAGAUUAAACUUCACCUACAAACUCCUUAAUAUGAUCUGUGGAGAAUGUACAGAGUUUAAACACAUCAAUAAAUACUUUAACUUCCA